AUGCUUUUAUCUAAACAUGCCAAAACGAAAAUAUUUGAAGACAUUAAUGAAGCUCCAUUUUUCUCUAUCAUUAUUGACACUAUCCGAGACAUUUCUAAAAUUGAUCAAAUGAGUAUUGUUUUUCGUUAUGUGAAAAUUAUUAAGAGUUCAGAAAAUAUACCUGUUGACAUAAAAAUAUUUGAAACGUUUACUGGAUUUUAUGAAACACAUGAUCAUACUGCAUCUGGAUUGAAGCAGUUAAUAAUUAAAGAGCUAGAAGAAAAAUCUAUUUCCAUUUCAAAAUGCGUUGGGCAAGGGUAUGAAAGAGCAAAUGUUAUGAGUGGUAAUUAUAAUGGACUUCAAGCAAAGUUAAAAAACAGGGGAAAAAAUGCAGAUUAUAUUCAUUGUGCUAGUCAUAAUUUGAACUUUGUUUUGAAUGAUGCAGUUAAUGGAAUUUCUGAGUCAGUAAAUUUUUUUGAAGUUGUUGAAUACCUUUAG